UGAUAGCAUUGAUUCACGGCCUGGUGAAAGUUGUUCAUGAAGUAGGUAGAUGUGUAAUGUAUUUUGUACAUUAAUUAGACAUAAGUGUUUUUCUCGGUGUGGAAUUUAGUAAAGUAGCCCUAGUGCAAACGUUAAACUGUGCCGUUAUGUCGUGUACUAAUUACCGUGUUGAUUUAACACGGACUAUUUUCCUGUUAAAGUGUUAAAUUAUUUGUCUGCUACUUAUUAUACAACACAUGAUAUGGAAGAUAAAGAGGUUACAUUCUUUUUGCAACUUGGACUAAUUCGUGAUACAAUCACAUUGAAUUCUUCCUGUUUCACUCUGAGAACUUUGAAAGAAGCAGCUUGUGAUUUUGUUAACAUGAAAUGUGCCGAUCAUGGCCUAACUCGAUUAGCCGAAAGAAUAAUGUUAUUCCGCCAUAACUAUAGCUGUGAUCAAAUAUUAAUUCCUGUUCAUAAUGUUAUUGAUAUUAAUGAUGAUACUAUCAUAGAAAUAGUUUUAUCAGGUCAAAUAUUGCCAGAUGAAUAUGAACCAUCUAACAUAAAACCACACACUUUAAUUGUUCAUUCAUAUAAAACACCAACUUUUUGUGAUUAUUGUGGUCAAAUGUUGUUUGGUAUUGUGAGACAAGGAUUAAAAUGUUCAGGUUGUAAUUUGAAUUAUCAUAAAAGGUGUGUGGUAAAAUUAUUAAAUGAUUGUGGAGGAGGAAGUCGAAAUAGAAAUAAACAUAAAACAAGUAGUACAAAUUUAUCUGGUGCUCCUCGAAGUCCAUCAAGUAUUUCAUUAUCUUCUGCUUUAUCUGACGAAUCGGUUACCAGUGGAAAUUUAUUAAAUGUUCCGGUAAAAAGUAAAAGUCGUUCACCAUCACCAGUUAAAAUACCUCAUACAUUUGUUAUACAUACAUAUACUAGGCCAACAAUUUGUCAGCAUUGUAAAAAAUUGCUAAAAGGAAUUUAUAAACAAGGUGUUCAAUGUAAAGAUUGUCAUUAUAAUGUUCACAAAAAAUGUAUGGAAUUUGUUCCAAAGGAUUGUAUAAGCGAAUAUCCAGUAGAUUUAAAUGAAAGCGGUGUUGGUAGUGAAUCAGAACAUGAAGGAUCUGGUUGUAGAGGUGAUGACGAUGGUGAUAGUGAUAGUGAAAAUAAUCCUUCUCCACCUCGUACUAUUCAAAGUAUGGAAACAUUAACUUUGGAAAACCCAUGUAAUGGUCUAAGCCCUUCUAACCCUAUAGAGAUGAAUACCUCGUACUAUACCGAUAACACUUUAAAUAACACUCAAGAAGAUUCAAACUGUAUUGGCUCAUCACCUAGUAAUAACAUUCCAUUGAUGCGCAUAGUUCAAUCAAUUAAACAUACUAAAAGGCGAGGUGGUUGUAAAGUUAUCAAAGAAGGAUGGCUUGUUCAUUUUACUAACAAAGAUAAUCAAAGGAAGUUUCAUUAUUGGAGAUUAGAUUCGAAACUUAUCACUUUAUUUAUUAAUGAUAAAACAUCUAAGUAUUUUAAAGAAAUACCGCUAUCUGAAAUAUUAAGUGUUGAUAUUGCAAAAACUCCUAGAGAUUCAGUUAUCAAAAUAGGACCCAUGCAUUGUUUUGAACUGAAAACAACCAAUCUUGAUUAUUAUGUUGGUGGUAAAGUGUAUAGUUCUAAGAUUGGAUUGUCUGUAGAAGAGCAUAGUAAUAAAGAAGACAAAAAUUGGGAAAACGCUAUUCGCCUAGCAUUAAUGCCUGUAUCUUCUAAUACAACACAUUCGCGGUCUGUUAUUGAAGCUAAUGAACAACAACAAAAUAUUGCUGACAUGAGUCAAUUAUAUCAAAUAUUUCCUGAUGAAGUGUUAGGCUCUGGUCAAUUUGGUAUAGUUUAUGGAGGAAAACAUAGGAAAUCUGGUAAAUCAGUAGCAAUCAAAGUAAUUGAUAAAUUAAGAUUCCCUACUAAACAAGAAGCAGCAUUAAAAAAUGAAGUGGCUAUACUUGGCAAACUUGAACAUCCUGGUGUUGUGAAUUUGGACUGUAUGUUUGAAACUGUUGAACGUAUAUUUGUUGUGAUGGAAAAAUUAAGGGGUGAUAUGUUAGAAAUGAUAUUGUCUAGUGAAUGUGGUCGACUUUCAGAACGUAUUACUAAAUUUUUAAUUACUCAAAUUCUUAUUGCACUUAAACAUUUGCAUAGCAAAAACAUAGUUCAUUGUGAUUUAAAACCAGAAAAUGUACUUCUAAGCUCAAACUCAGAUUUUCCACAAGUUAAAUUAUGUGAUUUUGGAUUUGCUCGGAUAAUUGGAGAAAAAUCUUUUCGACGAUCUGUUGUUGGUACUCCAGCAUAUUUAGCUCCUGAAGUAUUACGAAAUAAAGGAUAUAAUAGAUCUUUAGAUAUGUGGAGUGUUGGAGUUAUUGUAUAUGUUAGUUUAAGUGGAACUUUUCCAUUUAAUGAAGAUGAAGAUAUAAAUGAUCAAAUUCAAAAUGCUGCAUUUAUGUAUCCAAGAAAUCCUUGGAAAGAAAUUUCUCAUGAUGCAAUAGACUUAAUUGCCAAUUUAUUACAAGUAAAACAAAGAAAACGAUUUACAGUUGAUAAAUCCUUAGCACAUAUUUGGUUACAGGAUUAUCAAACAUGGUGUGAUUUAAGAGAAUUAGAAGUUUCAACAGGGACUUUGAGAUAUUUAACUCAUGAAUCAGAUGAUGCUCGCUGGGAAUCAUACCAAAGGCAUACAAGAUUUUUAUAAUAUUAUCAACAUUGAUACUUCCUGAACAUUUUUAAAAAUGUCUACCAUGUAGUUUUUAUUUUAUCAAAUUGUAUAAAAAAAUUAUUUUGAAAAGAUUAAAGUUAAGUGCAAUAUAAACAUUUAAGAGUAGUGAAUAUUAUUUUGUUCGGAUGUACUGUAAUAUGUACUCUAAUUUAAUUACUGAUUUCUAAAAAAAAUUUUAUGCUAAUGUUAAUUGGAAGUUUUU